AUGAAGUCGAUUAUCAACAUUGUGGCCCUCGCCUCCACGGCACAGGCCAUCCUUGUUGCCCCUCCCACGGGCCCCUUUGCCGUCUCCAUGUCCGUGACGCCGCUCACCGACGAGAGCCGCCUCGAUCCGUACGCCCCGGCUAAUGCUACGCAUGCUCGCCGUAUCCUGAUAUCGACGUUUCUCCCUGUCAAUGAAACUGAGACGCCCUGUCGCAACAACAAGACCGUUCCCUACAUGACUCCCCUCGUUGCCGAGGCGUACGAUCAGCUCGGCGUCGCAAUCGGCCUGCCUAACGGCACUUUCUCCUCCUUCGAGCUGGACUUCUGCGUUGCCAGAACCUCGCCCUGCCGCGCCCCCUCCGCCACUUAUCCCUUGGUGAUCUUCUCACCCGGCUGGGGCAACCCCCGCCUCCUCUACGGUGCCAUGGCCCGAGAGCUCGCCAGCCACGGCUUCGCUGUCGUCACCGUAGACCACCCCUACGACGCCAGCUAUGUUGAGUUUCCCGACGGCGAGGUCUACGCCGCCGCGAACAUCGACACCGAUGACAUGGCCGCCAUCGGCAAGCUCACCCAGGUCCGCGCCGAGGACGCAUCCUUCCUCCUAACCCACCUCCUGGAUACCCCAACCCCGGGCAUCAACACCUCCGCCCCGUUGAUCAUGGGCCACUCCCUCGGCGGCGCCACCGCCGCCUCCGCCAUGCUCACAGACCCGCGCUUCGUGGCCGGCAUGAACCUGGACGGCCUCCUCCCGGAACCCGUCCUCAGUGCCGGCGUCUCGGGCCCCUUCGCCCUCGUCGGCCGCCCCGGUCACGAGGACGAGGACACGACGUGGACCACCUUCUUCGCCGCGCUGCGCGGGCCCAAGGCCCAGCUCGCCGUCAACGGCACCGUGCACGCCUCGUUCACCGACUUUCCGACCCUCAUCAAGACGCUGGACCUCGAGCUGCCCGCGGACGCCGCUGCGCUGCUGCAGUCGCAGAUCGGAACCUUGGCGUUUGGCCGUGCGAGCGAGGUCGUAGCUGGUAUCCUCGGUGACUUUGCCGAUCUCGUCUUGCGGGGGGGCGAUGGCGGUGUUUUCGGCAGCGGAGAUGCUGCUUUGCCUGAGGUCACGGUGGAAAGAGCUGCUAUUUGA